AUAUCUGUGUUACUGAGCUGAUUAAUGUCAAAUACUGUCCAACUCGGCAAUGAUUCCCGGUAAUCUCGGAUUUAAUGAGGAAAUUUUCUAUAGACGUCAAAAGUCAAAGCAAAGCUCUUUCUUUGUUCAUAAAAUUGCACUUAAUGUGAUAAUGGAGUCUGUUCUGAUCUGUUUUUUGCUGAUAUCAAUGAUGUAUGUUGGCGGUGGUCAAGGUAUGUCCAGUUCUAUGUCCUGCAGCUUUGUAAAUGGUGUUCAAAGAUGCACACAGGAGAGUGGAAGCGGAAAUGUGGCCAUGUCCAGCUCAAGAGCCGGCUCCGGGCCAUACAACAGUUAUUCCGAUGACUUUGCUUCCACAGGAAACACAGGCAAUGGAAGAGCUAGUUCUUCCAGGAUAACAUCGGGUAAUGUUCCCAAUCAGGGUGGUUUUGCAUUCGGAGGAAUGCCACCAGGAUUUGGAGGAAUGGGUCCAGGUGGAUUUGAUCCUUUUGCAUUCGUAUUUGGAAGACGAUAAGAUGGAAGAAAAUUCUUUCAAAAAUGUGACAUUUUGAAAUUUUGAAUAAAGACAUUUAAU